AAGUUUAAUAUCAAAUAGCACGCAGCAACAACAACACUAGAAGAGCUCUGUAUUCCCUGCACAUAGCUGUGUGCAACAGAGAAUUCACAUCCUCGGGAGGUCCGUGAAGUGCUCUCCCUGGAGGGUUUCUGUGAUGGGAGCGAGGUUUCUAUAGCUGCCUGCUGUCAACACUUUUUAAUCGAUCGCCAUUAUCCUGCAAUAACAAUUCCUGCAGGAACUGGUCAAUCCAGUACUCUAUUAUCAAAUUAAGAGGCUGCUUCAAGGACUGAAGAUGCUCGAGGCUCAGGCUGGCAGGUAAAAAGCAGCACUGGCUCAGGGAGACGCAGGGGAGAAGAGACGCUGAGGGCAUUUUCCCAGGUGUAACUCAACUGGGUCCCACCAUUGUUUCCCUCCCUGGGAAUCUGUGCAAAUUGAGCAGGAGCCAUGCAAGCUGCUCUGAGCACGCCCGUUUUGCUUCUCUUCUUCCUUAACAAAAGAUCCCUACAAAGCAAGGCUUUGGAGGCCGGACAUCUGUCGCCGUUUGGGGGGGCCGCCGCGGUCAUUGAAAAGAAGCGGUGCCCUGUCAGUUUUGAUUGAUGGUCACAAACCUCUGGGCUCGACCCCUCGUGUGGGAAAAGAAGUCCCGCCAAGGCGAGCUCCCUUUCACAUGCUAAUUUUGGGUUAUAAAUACAGCGGAGGAGAGGAGGAGAGGCAAAGCGCCCGCCGGGACUGGCAGCACCCGCUGCCCGAGUGCCACCCGCCCCGUCCUGGCAGCGCCGGGCGGACAGGCUGGAUUACAAUGACGGCCGCAGCCAUGGCCGGCGGUGCACACAAGCUGUCCAGCACCAAGGAGGAGAGGAAGUUAAGGAAACCCCUAAUCGAACGGAAGCGCAGGGAAAGGAUUAACAACUGCUUGGACCAGCUGAAGGAGACCGUGGUUGGCGCGUUUCACUUGGAUCAGUCUAAACUGGAAAAAGCAGACAUCCUGGAAAUGACAGUGAAACACCUCCAGAACAUCCAGAACAGCAAGCUGAUGGCCGACUCCAAAGUGGGCCUCGAAGCUCAGCAGAGGUACAGCACGGGAUACAUUCAGUGCAUGCAUGAGGUCCACAACCUUCUCCUCACUUGUGACUGGAUGGACAAGACGCUGGGGGCACGCCUGCUAAACCACCUGCUGAAAUCCCUACCCAGGUCUGGAGAAGACACCUCCAAAGCAGCAUUAAGUUCUUCGAGCCCGUCUCAGCAGCCUCUCCUGACUGCAAAAACCCCACUGAGUCCUAAAGGGAAUACUCCCAGCACACAUCCAUCUCAGGAGCACUUCUACCCAGCGGAACACAAACAGGCUUUGAAAAAUUCAUUCCAGCCACCCUCACUGUCGGGUUUUGGCCAGGUCGAUGCUGUGCCUCCCAGACAGGUCCUGCAGCCCAAUUUUUCCCAUAAUAACCCUAGUAUGGGGUCAUUAGAUAUGUGGAGACCAUGGUAAAAUGUGUUUUCAAAUGUUUAUCCUAACCUUAGACACUCUUAUGUAUGUAUCUUAUAGAUAUGUUUCUUUACAACACUUGUGGAGCAGGUCUGCUCCCGUAGGUGUACUAAAGACCAGGGUACUUCAAGCCGAAGUAAACCUAUGUGUAGCCUGCAUUAUAGAAGGCUGCUAUUAUUUUGUAUUUAUUUAAUACAUCUAAAUUAUUGUAUAGAAUCCUCUCAUGCUCUUUAGCGUAUAUUAAUUAUAUAGCUUUCUUGUCUUACAAUCCUAAAAUAAUUAAUGUUCUAUCAAUGAAUAUCAGACGAUGACAACAACCCUCUCUUGCACCAAGCUCACCUCUGGGAUCUCAUGCAGAACAAAGCAGCAAACAGCCAAUCUCCUUAUUUUUGUUAUUGUUACAGCUAUUCCUGUGCAACCAUGGGAGAUUUCAGUUCUGAUUCCUGUAGGAAUGCUGCAGUGCUGAAAACACAAAGGGAAAGACUUGGUUUAGACAUUAUAAACUGUUUAGAAAUAUUCUCUGUAUUGCUCAGUGUCCACACAUUGUUCCUGAACAUACUGACACAACUGUUCAACAAGUGAGCUAUGCAUAUGCCACCUGUAGUUACAUUUAGAGAUUGGUUUUGUUUAUUUGCUAAAUAAACUCUUGGAAGAUAGUGACUGUGUUUCUCCCUUCCUUCUGCCUGCUCUGAACACGGUUGGUGCUUUGGAUAAAAGCAGUGUGUACACACACGCACAGAAUCACCUGGAUUACAGUAAUGUCUGUGAGUGACAAAAGAAGUCAGGAGCUGGGCUUGUCAACCUGCAGCAGUACUUUGGGGUUGACUUACAAGAGCACUGCAGACAGCUCUGACAAGCAGAAGGCACAACUCUGCCGACUGUACCCAUCAGACUGGGACAAACCCGCACAGCUCAUGACAUUUGGUCUCAGUUUUUCAACUCAAAGGCAGUUGAAAGCCUUUGAAGAAAGAAACAAACACUUUGAAGAAACAAACAAGCAAGAAAACAAACACUGCUCAUACCAAUUAACAGCCGCCCAGUUCAGAGGGGCUAAUUAUGCAGAGCCAUCUAUUUGAUGAUGCGCUGAAAGAGUGAAAACCAUCACCUCUGGAUUUAGCAUUCUGUUCUGCUUGGCAGAAAAAGGCAGCAAAGCCACAGAGCACUCACAGCUUGUGAUAACAAUCAGCCAAAGGGAUCUGGGAAGAGAAAAGACACAGAAGACAGGUGGCAGAGAUGACCACACACACCGCUGAGGUCAGAGAAAGCUGCAUGUGACCUGAGCACCCACUGCUGCACUGCUACAGGAACCUCCUCUGCCCAGAGCUGGGCCACAAGGGCAGGUAAAGCAGAGAACCCAGCCCGGAAUAGGGCCUGAAACUCACUGUUUUCUUCUCGAUCAUUUUGGUAAUGCACCUCAUCAACCUGUGGUAACCUCAGCGCUGUGCUGGGAGAGGGGCUAGGAAACACUGCUGUGCUGCCAAUGUUCUCCUGUUUUGACAGCAUGAACAUAAAAACAUACUUUCCCCUAAUGCUGUAAAGCCUCACUGGCUAUAAUUAUCAGCUUUGGUUACUGCACCGAAAAGAGAUCAGUGAGAAAUACGUAUUUCUCCCCAUCUCUGGCUGUUUACUCUGUGCAUUUGGACAUACUUUGUGGUCAGUGGGUUUUAUUAUUUCCUGUUUCUAAUUGGUGCUUUUUUUUUUUUUUUAGUUUUAUUUUGUGGGUGCAGAGGGAAUUGGUCACACAGCAGCUGGAGAGAGCUUUAAAAAUAGAAAAGUGAGAUUGCAGUGCUCAACCAACAGCCUCCAGUACACGAUGCUCAUUUCUCAGCGCCUUCUUUUCCAUCCAAGGGACUCUUUUAAGUGAUCCCAUGCCACGUUCCUAAGUACAAACCUACUUUGGUCAGACAGAAUCCUUUGCACACCAACAGUUUUCAGUAAAGAAGGUGAUUAUCCCUAACCCUUCACACACAUGAAGUCAGCUGCUACUUGUGUUUGACAGACGAACUUGGUUACUGAGUUCAGAUUCAUUGGGCUUUAUCAGAACCAGAACAGUACAAGAGCAGUGCUACUUCACUCUUUGGUACGGGCACCUCCUCCCCAACAACCAAAAAGCACUGUCAGCUGUACCAUCUCCUCUCCAGGAAAUAUGUCUCCAAACAUCUGCUCUGGGCUCUGGCAGUGGUGCCUCCUGGCUGCUGCUGUGCCCCAUUGCAAGCAGGGCUGCAGCACAGCUCCCACCGGGGGCUGCAUGCACAAGGAAUGAGGGGUUUGAAGGCACAGAGGUGCCACACAUUCAGAUCUCAGCCCUCAACCCAAUACACACAGUGGAAGCAGUCAAGACAAUGCACCCAGGCCAGAUUGCUCAGCUGUGUCAAACCUCACACAGAGCAUGGAGCACACAUGGGGCUGGGACAGCCUGCUGCUUGUCUAGGCUUUGUGCCCUGCCAAAGUGCUGCUCCAAAUAUGUAUUUGUGAGCUGAGAGUUAAGAGGCCAGUCCUGAUGUACAUGGGGAUUGGAUUCUGCUCCCAGGUAACAGCCAUAGGGCGAGAGGUGAUGGCCUCAAGCUG